AUGCAUUUCUCCAAGCUCGUUGCUCUGACGGCCGCCACCUUGGCCCUCGCCCACCCCGGCGAGAAGCAUGACCCGCAAGCCGUCCGGCGCGAAAUCCAUGCUCGCGACAUCAUGGCGAACCAGGCUAAGCGCUCUCUUGAUGCUUGCGCCAGUACCGAGCAUGCGAGACAGCUGCAGCAGCGUAACGUUGCCCGUCGUGCUCGCACUGCGCGCGAGCUGCGCAAGGCCCGCGGCAUCACGGCCAACUCCCAGAAGUGGCGUCGCGACCUGGCUGCUCUGGAGAAAUGGGAAGCAAUCGACCACAACCGCACCGACAUCCUCGACUACUCGCCCAACACUCCCGAGUCGGUCAUCUUUGGCGGCAACACCAGUGCCAUCCUGACCCCCACCAUCACCGACGGACCGUACUACAUCUGGGGUGAGGUCAUCCGCCAGAAUGUGAAGGAGGAUAAAUACUCGGACGGUGUGGAUAUGACCAUCGAAGUCCAGUACAUCGAUGUCAACACCUGCCGUCCUGUCGAAGGCGCCUUGGUGGACAUCUGGCAGGCCAACGCCACUGGCGUGUACAGCGGUAUCUCGACCUCUGGCAACUACGCCGCCGACGGCUGGGACUCGACCUACCUGCGCGGCAUCCAGUACACCGACGAAGACGGCGUGGUCACCUUCGACACCAUUUUCCCCGGCCACUACGACGGACGCGCUACCCACACCCAUCUCCUGACCCACUUGAACGCUACCGUCAACGAGAACAACGGCACCUUGGUCGUGGGUACCGGCAGCGUCGCCCAUAUCGGACAGCUGUUCUGGAACGAGGUGCUUCGCUCUGCCGUGGAGGACACCUACCCGUACAACACCAACACGAAGGAUGUCACCUCCAACGCCGAAGACAUGUGGAGUAUCCAGCAGGCGUCCAGUGCCUACGACCCCUUCCCGGAAUACCUGUAUCUCGGCAACGGGCUGGACGACGGAUUGUUUGCGUGGAUCCAGAUCGGCAUCAACACUACUGCGGACUACACCGACAACUCUUACUACAACAUUGCUGGUUACUAUGACGAGAAUGGUGGACAUCAGAACACCGAGAGCGCGGCGUUUGGUGGUGGCUCUGGCGGGGAUUCGAAUGGCACUAUGCCCUCUGGUGCUGCGCCGUCGGGAGCUGCGCCGUCGGGUACUGCUGCGCCCAGUGCUUGA